AUGACCGCGCUGCUCGUGAAGAGCCCCAGCCCCUGGAAGCAGCAGCACGAGCCCAUGCCCACCGCGCUCGCCGACGUGAUGCCUCAGAUCCGCGCGGACGACGAGGCGCGCGCCUGGACGCACAAGCUGCGCCACGGCGAGAGCAGCGCCAGCCCCAAGCCCACGGACGCGCGCUCGCCCACGCAGAGCCCGCUGGUGGUCGAGACCAGCAGCAAGAAGCACCGCUUCUCGCUGCGACGGCUCUUCAAGCACGAGCACCACCACCACCACGACCAGCAGCAGCAGCAAUCCGACAAGAAGGCGGCCUUCGUGCCGCCCGUCCCCAUCCCCUCCGACUUUCUCACCAGGGAGAGACACGGGGGCGUGACCGUGAGCGGCAAGCGCGUGCCCUUCACGCGCGACGCGCACAAGCGCAGGAAGAAGUCGGCCAAGCCCCUGCCGCGCAUCAGCGAGGACCGCGCCGUCGUGCCCGUGAGCUCCUCGCUCGAGGCCUACCGCCGCCGCGCCUACUACCCGGCCAAGAAGGACAAGGCCAAGAAGUGA